GGUAGUCGUGUCGCUGCCUCCGAGCUCUGAACUCUACAUGCCGCGUAAAUAACAUCGAUUCUAAUUUCAGAAACUUUCAACUUUUCCCUCGAACAAAAUAAUAAACUACCGAGUGUUUUGUGUAUGAACAGUGUAUUGAAUAACAUUUUUGUCCUGGAGUUCUUCAACGAUUUUUAGUUCGUCUCUGAUUUGUGGGAUUUAUGACUAUUAUGACAGGCCAUUCGUAAAACUAAAGCGAACUUUUAAUUCCAAUACUUUGGUGGUACGAAGCGUAAAUUUAAAUUAUUUGAAUUUUGAAAUAGUAGGUUUACACAAGACUGUUGAAAUCCGUACACCAUACAUGUUACAAUAACGCGUUGUAAUAGACAUUUCAACGAUUGGCGUUGUUUAGACUUUAUUGUAUUCACAGAAUACAAAUGAUUGGUUCGUUGCGAUUGUUUUUAAGUCACCAACGAUAUUAUCGUUGGUAGUCAGUGAGUUAUUUCUUGUUUUGAUCGGCCGCUUCCUUUUACAUCGGCGACAUCGGACGGAAAUCGAAUUCGAAACGCAUAGCAGUUUGGAAAUAACUUCGAAGCCGACACGUAAGGGACAGCAUAACAAUAAACCGAAGAUCCUUUGAAGAUCAAUGAAACAAGAUAAUUAUAUAGAUAACCUAGGGAGUAAAGCAGCGACGCCGUUCCGAUACGCGUUUCCUGACCAUCUCUGACCCGAGGCAGUAUGCCUUAUCAAAUCUUCGUACGGAACGCUCCAUGCGUUUAUCAGUUGCGCUCCAAGCUCGAACGCAUCCCGACCUAAUGCUAUGUCUAUUGAAGAAAUGAGGACUAUACACGGCUCAGUGACGAAAUAAUGUGUGAACAGUUACAAUGGGUGAUUUGUUGCCGAGUAUAGCCAAGAGCACUUUGGCUAGUGAUGUAGAACAGAACUGGAGUGUCGGGCUGGACGACUACGCCACUGAUGAGGAGUUGGCUGCGGUGGAACUGUUCAAGGACUACCCGGAAGCAUUGCUGCGCUUUGCGUCGGUGUGCUGUGUUCUGUUCAUGCUGGUCGGCAUACCUGGGAACUUGAUCACGAUUGUUGCUCUUGCGAGGUGUAAAAAGGUUCGCAAUGCAACGGCCGUGUUCAUAAUGAACCUCUCCUGCUCCGACCUUCUGUUCUGCUGCUUCAACCUGCCGCUGGCCGCUUCCACCUUCUGGCAGCGAUCCUGGGCUCAUGGACGCACCCUGUGCAGGAUGUUUCCACUCGCCAGAUACGCACUGGUGGCCGUGUCUUUAUUCACCGUACUUGCAAUCACUAUUAAUAGAUACGUCAUGAUCUCACACCCCAGGCUAUAUCCAAGGCUCUACAAAAGACAAUAUUUGGCUGUAAUGGUGGCUAGCACAUGGGCGUUUUCAUUCGGAGCACUUAUAGCUACCUGGCUUGAGAAAUGGGGUCGCUUCGGCUUGGACCCUUCAAUAGGAUCUUGCUCCAUAUUACCAGAUCGCAACAAUCGUUCGCCAAAGGAGUUCCUGUUUGUUGGAGCAUUCAUGCUGCCAUGUCUAGCGAUAGUGAUAUGUUAUGCUCGCAUAUUCUGUAUAGUAAGAGAAGCCGCCCAGAGAUCACGUGCUCCAGGUCGCGGAAGGCCCAGACCUGGUUUAGAAGAUUCGGCGGUUGGGUCCGCAUCUACAGCGCUAGAACGAUCUCCAGGUCCAGAGAACGGGUAUAACAAUCACAUAGCGCCUCCUCGAAAAGUUCUAUUGAUUCCGCCAACAUUGCAUUGCCCACCUACCCCGGGUCCUGAACGAUCGUCUUCAUCUGGAGUCGAUACAUUAGAUGGCCACGACGACGACUGCGCUCUCGACGCUAAACCGAGGACUCCAUUAGGUGGUGACACAACUAAGAGACUUCGACAAGCAGCAGUAGCGCUGAGACGCUCGCCAGCACCGACAAGAUCUCCCAGAUUAACACCGAAAGACAGAAAACUAUUGAAGAUGAUAAUGGCUAUAAUGAUUUCGUUCUGGGUGUGUUAUUUACCGAUAACAGUGACAAAGCUAUUCAGAGAAUUCACUUCGCAGCCGGCGUUGAACAUUGCGGGGUACAUUCUAAUAUAUUUGACGACGUGCAUCAACCCCAUUAUCUACGUAGUGAUGUCGAGUGAAUAUCGCCAAGCGUAUAAGAAUCUCCUAAUGUGUAGACGGAGGGCGUGAC